UCUGUAGAGGUGCGCAUGCGCAGUAAUCCUUGUCACAUUUUCUCUCACUUUGGAGAAGGCCCGACAACUUUCGACAGGCGCCCCCCUAACACCGCGGCCGCCACACUCAGAGAAAUGUUGCUCACCAGAACAGCCGCCUACUCCGUCAGACUCUCCACCUCAGUGUCGCAGGGUGUUUUGCAUCAACAGGCCGGAGAAAAAGUGGUUCUUCCGUCGGCGGCGCUGCUGGCCGGUCUCGGUCUGGCCCUGUCCACGUUCAGCCUGAAGCAGUUGCUGGCGUCGCACCGGACGGCCGCGCCCUCGGCCAACUGAUUCGGCCGCCCCGCGAUGGGCCGCACUUGAAAUUCCCUCUUUGUUCUGACAGAGAAAGAGCGUCCGCCAAUUGUAGACUGCGUUUUGUUAGUAAUUUGGACGCGCAAGAAUCUUCUUUUGUAUGAGUGACGUCUGAGUUGUUGUUCUGCGACUGAUCGUUUCAUAUUAUAUGUUGUGCAUCACAAUAAAUUUCCAAAUGUGGAGUCACAAAUUAGCAAAAACA